UAUAAGAGCCUCUGCGAUUUAAUGGAACGGAAAGCCCUGGCGAACGGCUCAGCCUGAAUUGGCAUUUAUCGAGUGCACCGAGGGAUGCGCGAGCACGCAACGCUGCUGUGUUGUGUAAAAAUGUUCGGCUGGCCCAGGCGCAGGCGCACUCGGCUCGCUCUAAACAUUUGACAGCGACCGAGCGAGAGCUCAAUGGCGGCAGUGGUUGGCUCAAAUGAACAUCGAGUUUCAAUAACAGAUGUAUUUUUAAUUCGCGUUUAUUGGCAUAUUGCGGUGGUUUAGUGUCCUGGAAAGUAAUAGCGAUUAUUAUCGUGGUCUGAUAAUACUAGCUCUUGAUUGUUUAAUACGCGACAGCUGCGAAAGUUGUUAAUCUCACUCGAGCUUUUGUGUUUUAACAAGAGGUUAGAUCUAUGCGAUACGUACAUUUGUGCUUUUAAUAGUUUAUAACCUAUGGUUCGAUCAUUUUUGUGCAUUAUGCUCGUCAUAUAUUAGCGAUUGUGCGUGAAAUAGUAUUAAAUAGAAUUUUCAAUUUCAUCGACUUAUUGAUCUAACGGUAUUGAUAGUAUGAAAAUUGUGAUUAGGCUGCUAAUAACUGCAUUGGUUGAAGCGAAUAUAUAUCUUUUCUUUUUUUUAACUGCAUGAGAAAUGAGAGUACCAAUCGAAUCGCCCAUUAGUUAUUUCGUAUAAUUAAUAAUAAUGUCAUAAUUGCUCAACAGAUUGACAAUUGCUUAUGUCUGCAUAAUAAUUAAUUGUUGAUUGAUGAGCAGAAAUUAAGUCUACGUUUCAAGCUGGACCAUAUAUAAUGCACACGACACAUACAUAAGUAUAUAAGAGCUGCUGUAAUGGCAUGCUUAAGAAGAUUAAUUUUAUAAAAUGUAAAAUGUAACUGUGAAAUCUUUUAUAGCGUUGAUAAGGAUAUGUCCAUGGACUGCUAAUAUUGAAUUUCAAGAAUUAGCGAGUUAAAAUGUCACAAUGGAUGCAAAGUAAUGUGGGGCCAGUUCCAUCGCGUUGGUUGAAUUGUCCUCGAAAGUCCAUUAAGCUUAUUCACAAUAAAUUUCUUGCUUUCAAAACUCCGCUCAGCUCUUGCUUUGAUGACGAAGUGCCGGAGGAAUGUCGCUUUACCGUAGAAAUGUUACUCGCGUCUAUUAAAAGCCAACGGCUGAAAAUUGGUCUUUGGAUCGAUUUGACCAAUACUUCUCGCUUUUAUGAAAAACAAGAGAUCGAACAGAAAGACGUGCGUUAUUUGAAACUUCAGUGCAGAGGUUACGGGGAGACACCAUCGGCCGAGCAAGUGAAGACAUUUGUGCAAGUCUGUAAAAAUUUUAUUGCCCACAAUCCAUUAGAAAUUAUUGGCGUUCACUGUACGCACGGCUAUAAUAGGACUGGCUUCAUGAUCGUCAGUUAUCUUGUAGAGACGGACGAAAGCAGUCUCGAUGCUUCGUUAGCUCAAUUUACAGAUGCUAGGCCCCCAGGAAUUUAUAAGGAUCACUAUAUUAGAGAGUUAUACAGCAGGUACGACGACGUUAACGACGCACCCGCUGCACCUCCACGACCCGCCUGGUGCUUAGAAUAUGACACUGCAAGCGAUUCUGGCGACGAUGCAAGUACAGCUACCCAUUCGGAAAGAAAACAUUCGCACAAGAAUCGCAGGAGGGAGUAUAUGAAGCAGAAUCCAGUUUUUAUGAGCGGUGUGCCAGGCGUUACGCCUGUUCUGGAUUUUCAAAAAGCAUCCGGUAUACAGCGACGCGUUCAAGAUAUUUGCAAUUGGCAGAGUACUGGCUUUCCAGGUGCGCAGCCGGUCUCAAUGGAUUCGGAGAAUCUUUGUUUUCUCCAUCAGAAGCCUUACAGAGUUUCUUGGAAAGCGGACGGUACAAGAUAUAUGAUGCUCAUUCAGGGCGACGGGCAAGUUUAUUUUAUCGAUCGCAAUAAUAGCAUUUUCAGCGUAGACAAGCUGACAUUUCCUCAUGUAAGAGAUUGUAAUAAAAAAUUAAAAGAUACUCUUCUAGAUGGGGAAAUGGUAAUCGAUAAGGCUCAGAGUAAAGAAUAUCCUCGCUAUCUAACUUACGAUGUUAUUAUGUACGAUGGCAAGGACGUUAGUAAAUUGACAUUUUAUCCAGAGCGUUAUAGAAUCAUUGAAAAGGAAAUUAUGGGCGGUCGACAUAGAGCUAUGAAAGAAGGACGAUUAAUUAGAGAGAAGGAACCCUUUUCUAUAAGGUUAAAGGAAUUUUGGGACGUAACCCAAGCUGGUAGCCUACUUAGUGACAAAUUUGCAAAGCAACUUGGUCAUGAACCGGAUGGCCUAGUCUUUCAGCCGGAUAAAGAGCCUUAUAAAGCUGGUCCAUGCGCAGAUGUAUUGAAGUGGAAGCCAUUGUCCUUAAAUUCUGUCGAUUUCAAACUAAAAGUUGUCGUCGAAUCAGGCGUAGGAAUUGUACGUCGAUCCGUUGGUCAGUUGUACGUUGGUGGACUCGAAGUGCCAUUCACUUCGAUAAAACUAACCAAGGAGCUUAAAGAUUUCAACAAUAAAAUCAUAGAAUGCAAAUAUGAAAAUAACCAAUGGGUUUUCAUGCGAGGGCGAAUGGACAAAUCUUAUCCAAACUCAUUCUCUACUGUCAAAGCCGUUUGUGCUUCCAUUUCCAAUCCCGUUACUAAAGAAAAACUUUUAGACUUCAUUCGUAAGCAUAGGUUUUCACCGGACGAUUCGGAACUCAUGCCACCACCUAGAAAUCAUAUGAGAUCGAACUGUGCUUAUUUGGUGUACCAAAGAUCUGUCGUCGAAAGACAAGAGGUCGCUUCGGAUUAACGUGGAAUAUGAUUUUGCCAGUCUGGUUCGGUGGUCCCCGGAUGGGAAAGCAUUCAUCAUUCACAAGUCCCUGGCAAACAUAAUCGA